CUUGCGUGUGCCCGUGGCGUGCCUCUCUACCAGCUCCCCGUCCCUCCCUCCCCGGUCACCUUCUGAUGAGGUCUCUUCUCUCCGCCUCUUCACAGCUAAUGCUGUGGGUUUUGUGUCAGUUUCAAGCCGGAGAGGAAGAGAGUUUAGACCAAAGGAGGAGAAAUAACAAGAAGCACAGUAACAACAAACAAAAGGAAACAACGGCGCAGCACAUAGGCGGGCACAGGCAGGCGCGCACGGAGGAGAGGAGACCGCGGGGCAGCGCAGUUCAGAAACCCAUGGGAGGGUGUGUGGGAAGUCACCAUGAUUCCUCGGGCAGUUUAAACGAAAAUUCAGACGGGACUGGAGUUGCUUUGGGUAGAAAUCAGCCCCUGAAAAAGGAUAAACCAAAAUGGAAAAGUGAUUAUCCUAUGACUGAUGGACAGCUACGCAGCAAACGAGAUGAAUUCUGGGACACUGCACCUGCCUUUGAGGGGCGCAAAGAGAUUUGGGAUGCUCUUAAGGCUGCUGCUAAUGCUUUUGAAAGCAAUGACCACGAACUGGCACAGGCCAUUAUUGAUGGUGCAAAUAUUACUUUACCACAUGGUGCCCUUACGGAAUGCUAUGAUGAACUUGGAAACCGUUACCAGCUUCCCGUUUACUGUCUGGCCCCUCCAAUCAACAUGAUUGAGGAGAGGAGUGACCUGGAAAUAAUGGACAUUCCAGACCCUCCACCUAAUUCUGGCUAUGAAUGCCAACUACGCCUUCGGCUUUCAACCGGCAAGGACUUGAGAUUGACAGUUCGUAGCACAGACACUGUCCACCACAUGAAACGUAGGCUUCACUCAGAGGAAGGGGUGGAGGCAAGCAGUCAACGGUGGUUCUUUUCUGGACGACCACUGACAGAUAAAAUGAAACUGGAGGACCUAAAAAUCCCUAAAGACUACUUGGUUCAGGUCAUAGUCAGUCAACCUCUACAAAACCCAACACCUGUGGAAAACUGAAAAGCUUCAUCUUUUCUUAAGAGCCUUUUUUGUCUGUUUUCCUAAUGUGUUUAUUUUUUUAUAAAUUGAAUUUUUGUCCAUCUGUGAUGGAGUAAUAACGCAGAUGGUGUCAACCCACGUUGUUAAAAAGCAGAAGCAAGAAAACUAAAUAUUUCUUGGUACUCUACAUAUAAUUAUUGAAAAUGAUUUUAAUAACGUAAUGGGAACUCUUGCUAAUUUUCAACAAAGGUGGCACCUUUUUUCCUUUCUUUUUUGAUCAACCAAAAACAGAUAAGUCAAAAGUAGUUCAUCUAUGUUGGAAUCUGCUUUCAUAUUUUCUGUAGACAUUCUGCAUUCUUAGAAUUUUUUAAUCAUUGGCAUACUGUAGGUAAAGGGCAAAAUAAUGCUGCAUACGUUUAUCUGCAGUAUCAGACGUAAAUACAUAAUGCAGUUGUUUUAAUAUAAUCUACACUGAAGUGAGUGGUUCUACAGUUAUGUCCCUUAGAAACAUAUGUGAAUGUUUAUAAAUAUAUGCUACAAAUGCAUAAACAAAUAUGUAUAAACACAUACUGUAUUCUGUGCCAUGCCAGAGUAUAGGCUGGGUAGCCAGUUUUAUUUUCACAAAAAACAAAAUAAUGAUAUUCAUAAAUGCUUUUCGAGUGGCCUUUUGUAUUAUGCUAGGCCUGUAUUGAACAGAAUAUGCACUCAAAAUUGGCCAAACUAGAAUUUAAAAAAUGGAUACAUUUUUGGUUUAGCUAAUUCUUAAGUACAUAGUAAAAUGUUUUUUUUUCCUAAAAUUAGUGUUAGGGUUUUUUUUUUUUCUUUUUGUGACCCAAACACUCCACCUGAUUCUGGCUGUGUGCCAGCAGUGUUGAUGGGUGGUUUUAUAAUUUUGCAGUAAACUACACAUUAUAUCGAGGCCAUAAAAAUUAUUUUAGAUAACAAAUUUUCACUUUACCCAAGGGACUUUUUUGGUUUUUUCUAUUAUUAUCACAGGUUAACUGAAUAAAACAUCUGGCACCAUCUUGAAAUUAAGUAAAAGGGUAUAUUGUACCCAGAGCAUCCUAGAUCUUUUUUAGAAUGCUCUUGGCCAUAUUUAGUUAAUAUCAAGGUAAGAUGCUUCCAAAAUCAUGACAUUAAAACAAUAAGGAAGAUAGAAUAAUGAAAAUAAACUUGCUUUCACUAAUUUAAUUGACUGCAUCAAACAAGAUUAAAAGUGUGUGUUUUGCAAACAGUAUGAAAGACUAUGCUUGAGACAAAAAAUGUUAAUUCUUAUUUGGCAUGUGUCCCUGUUUAUAUACAUCUCUGUUCAUCAUUCUAACUAAGACUUAACAUCACCACCCAAUGAGGUCAGUCAGACUAAUCUUUAUGUGAUGCACAUAAUCACUCAGUUAAAAUACAUAAAAACUGAGUGCACAGAGUAAAGAGUCUGCCUGAGUUAACAAGAAAAUAUGCAUUUUAUUCAUGGCUGGAACAGAUUUUUAUGCUGAAUGUUAUCCUCUCUUCUUCCUAAAUUUAAAUUCCCAUUUUUUCUAUAACAUCAAAACAUAGCACCCUUUGACAGUAAAAAUGACUAGUAACAUUAAAUGAAAUAAAUAAAAGCACACAAACAGCAAAAAUGAGAAGUUAAAACUUCUGUCCUGUCUGCUUAACAUGGUCUUUGUGAUGUGGUUUACAAUAACAUGCUGUUCAGGUGAGCAAGUAUGGUUGGGGUACAUGUGUGUGUGUGUGUGUGUGUGCAGUAGGACCUUAAUUGUUCAUUUUUCAGUUUUUGUGCCAAAUGAGAACAUCAUAAUUUUCUCCACUCACACGAGAUUGUUGUAUUCACCAAUAAUGAUUUGAUUGGCUUUAGUUCAAUUUGUGACGUAAAAAAAUGAAAAAGUAAGACAAGUCUAAAAGUCUGUUUUUGCAGUUUAUACCAGCAACAGUUUAGAAAUAAUGUGAGUACGGCAACAUUAGCAGCUCUUACAAUGUACUUUGUGACCUGUAUUUGCAAGUGAAGAGAGACAGCAGUAAACUGCCUGUUCUUGUACUGAUGAUUCAACUGAAAUAUACAGAUCAACUUGUCUGUGAGUUAAUAGAAUGAAGUAUAUAGGAGGCAAUAACCCCUUGAUCUCUUGCAGCAGGAAGUCUAGAUCUGCUUUUAUGUCACAGCUGAUUGUGAUUUCAGGAUUUAUCUGUGAUGGACUGCUGCCACUAAGCAAUGUGAACUUCACAUAUUUCACAAAAUGUAUUAUUUUUAAGCAACAUUUAUUUACUAAGCAUUCAUAUCUUUUACCAUGUCUGUGGUUUUGCUCUUACGUAGCUGAAUGUAGCUAAACCCAGUAGCAACUACAACUAUGAUUAUCCAGCAGUAGUGUCUGCAGAUUGGAGAAGUUUUGCUUUGCAAACUUCAGCAUAGAAGGUUAGUGAGGGCUGUGGUGCACACAGUACUUGGUUGGGCAUUGCCACUCUGUGGUUGCCAACUGAAACUCAUUAUGCCAGAACUUCAUGCAACAAUUUGAAUACACUGAGGAUGUUUAAAAGAGAGAGAAAGCAAAACUUUAUUUUUGUUUGUGGCUGUUUACAUUGAGCAACAAAUAGAAAAGAACAAAACAACCCUGACAUUUUAAAAAUUCCUUCUACUUACAACUUGAAAUGAACUACUGUAUUUUUAUUAGGUAUUAUUUUGUAUAUAACAUGUUAUGUUAAUGGGGUUCUACUCUGUGUUGUGUGUGCUUGCGUGUGUCUGUUUUUGUAUUACAGAAGUGUGAACAUACAAAUACAAUACUUAAAAUGCGUUGGCCAGUUACAUUCCAAAUUUCUUCUGUGUCACUCAGUUCAGAGUAUUGGUGCAUAAUUAAUAGUUAUAUGCACUUAAAGCAAUUGAGAAGGACAAAAUGCAUAAUUGGAUGUGUGUGAGAAACUCAUUUGAUUCUUUAUUACCUUUUGCAAAUUAUUUACUACAGUUGCAAUCAUUUCACAGUCUUAAGUGUAUCUUACUUUGUUUCUGCUUCAGAGCAGAUUUUUAAAUGCUUGGAUACAGGUUACAUGUUUCAUUUUAAUUAUACAAUUAAAUCAAUUAUACUGUUGUUUUAAUUGACAUCCAUACACACAAAGGUCAAAUAAUUACAGUUACCUUCCUUACUGUCUUAAUGUAAUCUUAUUUAACAUAAAAGCUUUUUAAGUUCAAAUGAUUUUUUUGUUUAACCAUUUUUAUUUCAAUGUUUUGUUUUUUUUGUGCAUGAAUUACACAAAUAUUUCAUUAGACAAAGUGAACAAUUCAAUUGCUACUUUUGUUUAUUUAUUUUAUGGUAUAUGUACAUGUAUAAACAUAGGCAUCAAGUUUUUAGAAAAUCUCAGAAAGUACUUCUAAUUAGAAAGUUAAAAUAUGAGCAUAGUCAAGCAUUUUUCUUUGGAUUUACUUUAGCAUUGCAUUUGUUUAAGCUCUACUGUGUCACUUUUUUUAAAAUGGUCUGAUUUAGUCAUGGGCAUGAAUGUUUCAAAAAACAAUGCCGAAAUGUGAAAAACAUACUCACAGUCCAAACUGUGCCUUCAGCAUUUUCAAUUUUUAUAAUGUGUAAUGAUGGUGUUUGAGGCUAAAAUGCUAUUUACAUUUUUCUCUUAAGGCAAAGUAAGCUUUGCUAAAUGAACAUAUAGGUACUGUAGCAGGGGACUUGUGGUUAAAAAAAAAUUAAAAUGUUAUGCAUGAAUGUAAAACUGUGCCUAUAUAAUACCAUAUUUUUGAUGGGGGGAAAAGCAAAUUCAGUCAUCUAGAUAUACAUUUUUGUAAUUUGAACAGUAUAAAUACUGAGCCUAGUAUGGUCUGUACUUUUUCCUUGUAAUUAAUGCCCAUAACUAACCCAGCCUGGUGAAAUCACAAAAUCUCUCUGUAAUGAUUACUGCUAUUACAGUAAUUGUUACUUUUGAAGGUGUGUUUUUGUUUUUAAAGAAAAUGUUCUUUAACUUGGAAAGUGCUAGAAGAAAAAAUGAUUUCUAAAUGCGCAAUUUAGGCCUUUGCCUUCAUGACCUUCAGACAGACUUUCCCACACCAAAAAUGUGCCUUUACAGUAGGUUAACAUUUUAAAGGAUGUUUUCCAUUAUUUAACAGGCCUCAGUUUUAAAAGGCUUAUAAUGGGAAAGAAGGCUAAUGGUAGCUUUGAUUUUAUAUUCUUAUUUUAAUUUAUUGUUAACAAAAAUAAAGCAAUUAUGUUGAUUGUGAAGCCUGAGGUGUUCUUAAAAUGUUAUGAAAUUUAUGUAAACUAAUUUUAAUAUGGUAUUCGCUGUUAAUAUGCUUCUGCUUUUCUAUUAUCUGUUUAAAUUAUCUGCUUUUUAUUUCUGCUGCAUCUGCUAAUGCAAUAAGAUUGAACAUAGUAACACUUUUGCUAAACAUUUAUUUUCUUUCUGUUCAAGAUAAAAUAUUUGCACAUGUUUAUUUAAUUUAUGAUCCAGACAAAUUUUAAUACUGUAGUAUUAGAUGUGGAAUUUUACACUAGCAAUGAUGCCUCUUGCAAAUCUGAUGCCAUUCCUCUGUUCUGCAGAGAGUGGAAAUGAUUGAGUAUUGCCUUUAUUUCCCCACUUAAUUUCAGAAUUGUACCAAAUCUCAGGAUUAAAACUGGGGAGUAGUUUAGUAGUUGGUGGACAGUAAACAUGUCAUCAGGCUUAAUAUUUUAAGAUUAGACUCCAGUUUACUUGAGGGCUUUGAAUCUCUUAACCAUUGAAGAGAGACUCUGGGCAUCUGAAAUGAUAAACCUGUCUGUUUCUUUUAAUUCAUGUUGUUUAACAAUCAGAGUUCAUAAAGUCAUUUUUAAAUUAAUAUGUAAUUUUUUACGCAUUAAAAUAUUUACUAUUUCCAAGAUGUUACAGUUUGAUGUAACACUUAUUAUUUACAUAUAUAUUUCACAGUCUGAAAGUAAUUAACAUUCAUAAACUGUAGGUUUCUGGGAUAAUUUCUGCUUUUCAUUCAUUAUGAUUAAAAUAGUUUCUCAACUAGACAGUUUUUUUUUUUUACUUUUAUUGUUUCUGUAAUAUUAUUAUUAUGAAAGAUACAUUUCAUGUCAUUAUUAUUAUUUGAAAUUACAAAAAAUUCAGAGACAUUCCCAGGUGAAUUGGUAAACUAACAAAACUGAAAUGGAUUCUAUAGACUCUGUAGUUCCAAAGGACUGAGACCAUGGCUCCAUAGAUCUAGCAGGGUUUAAAAUGUUGCAAGAAAAAGUGUUAAAAACAAACAGACCAACAAGUCACAUUUUUUGAUAAUGUUUUCCAUGAAUAAAUGCCUCUAAAUCAUAUAUGGCAUUAUGAGCUGGGAUAUUCUAUCUGCACUAAACUGAACACAUAUUAUUACAGCAGGAAAGGUUGUAUCUUUUUAGAAAUGUACUUGUUUCAAUUAUAAAAAUUUUCUAAUAAAUAUAACUAAUUGAAUGAUUUAAAUAAAGUAUGCAUGUUUAGUCAUAUUUAUAAUCCAUUUGCAUAUAUAGUUUUCAUUCUCUUUUUUGUUUAAAUUCACAAACAGUUUACAUUUCUGAAAUUUGGACCAUAGUUGAUUUGUAUUUUUCAUUAAAGAAGAGGAGAUUUUAAGCAACAGCUAAUAAACUACACAAGCAAUAUUGAAACAAAGAAACUCCUUUGAAGGAUUGAAUUUCCAGUAACCAGUAAAGUAUUAUAAUAGUUCUGGAGGUUAAGCAAAAAAUUAAAGUUAGAGAAGAAUAUCUUCAUAGAAAUGUAUACAGUUAAGUGACUCAAUGGCAGAUAGCACUUAUUAAUGUAAUGCUAAAGUCUCCAAGUUCUUAGUUGGGGCUCAAGCUGACAGGAAUCUAACAAGGCUUUGCAGUGUUUUUUCCAGAAUUUUACUAUUAAAUUGUACCCUUAUUGUAAAAUGUUAAAGUUUCAUUCAGGUAUAUAGUUUUAGUAAGCACUGUUAAUUGUAUACUUCGUAUUUCAUAGUCUUGGGGCAUUAGGAUUUCAGAGGAUUUUUCAGAUUUUCACUAUUCAAACAAUACAUUUUCUGACUUUAACUGAAUUCAGAUUACUCUUAACAUUACAUCUGUGGCAGUGAAUGGAAAUGCUGAAAAGCAAAUAUUUGUACCUUAUUAAUUUAAUUUUGUGUAGAAUAUUUAUCUAAUUGUUCGACCAAUGCACUCAUAACUAAUAAACUUGUAGCUGGUUCGACAAUUUUAAAGAAUUUAAACAAACACAGUGAUCAAGACUCCAUACAAAUGUUUUUUUU